UCCCCCCCCCCCCUACAGAGUCCACCCCCUGUGAGGCAGCAUGCCCAUCCUCAAGAACCUGCCAGCUCGUCUGAAGGUGGGCAGGGCCAACGGGGAGCUGGACAGCGCUCGGGGGAAACUGAUCCUGCGCAAGAUGAGCCUGAACCUCGACCGCAACCCCUUCCAGGACGAGCCUGGGGACCGCGAUGACUGGUCGCGCCGCGGCAACGAGACCUCGCUGCUGGAGGGGGGGGCGCCCAGGGACCGCAACCCCUUCGAGGACGAGGAGGAUGAGAACGAGGCCAACGAGGUGCGGCGCGGCGGCUCGGGGAAGGGCUCGUUCAGGGGCACGCUGGACCGGCUCCGGGGAGCGUCCCCUCUCAAGACGCUGGGGAAGCUGGGACUGAGGAUGUCGGGCCGCAGCAAGGGCAGCGCCACGCCCUCGCCGCAGAGCUCCACGGGGAUGCCCUCCCCCGCGGAGAAGAAGAAGAAAGGGAGGAGGAGCUCGGAGGGGAGCCUGCUCAGGCUUGCAGGGAAGUGCAGGGAGAGCCUGCGUAAGGAGAGCCUGACCAAUGGGGAGCCGUGCUCCGAGAGCGAGGGAGACGCCACCAGCCGACGUCUCUCCUUCAUGAAGAUGGUGGGGCUGGGGGGACGCAAGAGGGAGUCCAUGGCCGAGCACUCCUCCCAGGGGCCCGAGGAGGACGUGCUGGAGGAGGAGGCGCAGGAGGAGGUCAAGCCCAGAGAGCCUCUCUCAGUCCUGGAGAUCCUCCAGCUGGUAACCAGGAGAGAUCUCCUCCUGGCCGACACUCACAUCCUGGAGUUGGAGCAGGAGUGCAACGAGGCCGCCGCCGCCGCCGUCGCUGCGGCAACCUCCUCUCCGGAGGGGGUCGUCGCGGCGACUCCGGAGGACGUGACGAGCCCCGGGAGCAAGGACGGCGGGCGGAGGAAGGCGAAGGACGAGGACGGCGGGCGGAGGAAGGCGAAGGACGUGGAGCUGCUGUACGAGGCGCUGCAGGGGGAGAUGUGGGCCGUGGUGAGGGAGUCUCUGCGUUCGCCCACGGCCGGACCCAACCUGGGCCUGGUGGUGCAGGUGCUCCAGCAGGAGGAGGAGACAGACCGUGCCUGGGCCCAGAGCGAGGGCGCCGCCCCGGGGGCCGUCCGCCCCAGGGAGCUGAAGAGGCGCUGGAGGGAGGCGGUGGAGGGGGCGGCCGACGGGAGCCUUCCCCAGGGGACGGAGGCCCAGGACGGGGCGCUGGCGGCCUACCUGGACCGCAUCCGGGUCCGGGUGGUGGAGGAUCUGGGCGCGGCCAAGCGCAACGUGGUCCCGGUGUACCCGGACGAGUACCAGCCCUUCCUGGUGUACGCCCAGAGCUAUCACCAGGCGGUCGCCAAGCAACUGAGGAGCAUCACAGACAGACAGCUGCAGAUUACAGACAUCUACUCCCUACUGGACUGGCUCUAUAACAUCUACAACAGAGAUGUUCUGGGAACGGUCAGCAUCACCUCGCCCUUCAACCACUCCCAGCUUGGUCCUCUGCUGCCCUCAGAGACCGUCGACAAGCUGGAGCUGGACUGCCUCAACUCUGUCAGGGCCAAGGUAACCACGGAGAUGUCCCAGGUACUGGACGAGGAGGAGAAGAGGUGGGCUGAGACUCUGAACAUAGAGGAGUACCAGAUUACCCUGGCCCGCACCGUAAUACAGAGGUUAAAGGAGGAUUUAGAUCGUUCAGCGGAGGUCAACAGGGAUCUUGGUUCCAGAGUGGCCCAGUGCAGUCUCAACGGACUGGCUGACUUCCUGUACAGUUUCCAGAGGAAGGUGGAGAUGUUCCACGAGGGCCUGCUGAACAAGGUGGGGCAGAACCAGGACGGCUACGUGUCCAAGACCAUCGCCCUGGUCAACUGCUGCCCUCCCUUCACGGGCUUUGUGCAGCGCUGUGUGCAGUACGAUGCAGCCAUUAGCGAGGACUCUGCCCGGCGAGCCAACUCCUCCCUGGACAGGAUCAUCACUCAGGGGGUCAGGGUACUGGGUGACAGGCUCUACGAACACAUCAGGCCCUUCUUUGACAAACUGGUGAAGCGGAGGUGGCUGACCAACACUGAAGCGUUCGAGCAGAUCGAGGCGGAAAUCAAGGAACACUUCAAGAAGUUCCGCAGGAUGGAUGGGGCUCCUUACCAGCUGCUGGUGGGGGAGGUGCACAGGCGGGUGCUGAUGGAGUACCUCCGCUCCAUCAUGAGAGGCAGGAUCAUCUGCACCUCCCUCAAGAUGAGGAAGAGACUGGCUGGCCGUCUGAGGGAGGAGGCCAAGCAGAUCAAGACUCUCUUCAACGACCUGGAGUCGCCUUCCUCCUGGCUGGACAGUGCCGUCCCCCACCUGGCUGAGAUCGUGGUCCUGGAGGACACACCCUCCAUCCAGAUGGAGGUCGCCGUGCUGGUCAGGGAGUUCCCCGACAUACGGAAGAAGCACAUCUCGGCCGUGCUGAACAUCCGGGGCAUGACCCGGCAGGUGGAGCGUCAGGAGAUCCUGAACAUCGUCAAGGACAUCGAGAACAGCGAGACGCUGUUGCGACUGUCCCGCGACCGCGCCCUGUUCUCCGAGGUCCCCGUCACCUCCGAGGUGCACUGCCUCAACCUGGGCCUCAGCCGCUUGGCGCUCUCCGCCUCCUCCUGCUUCUCCAGUCUCCGCCCACGCCGCAAGAGACACGCCCCCGUCACCGAGGCGCCGGAUGACGUUCUCUAACCCGGAGCAUUCACCUCCAACUCUUCCUCCUCCUCUCCCGGCCGGCGCUGUUCUUUGGCUCUUUGCGUUGUCGUUUCAGCCCAGGACUAGCGUGAUAGCUACUAGAAGCUCAUUGACAGGACGAGCGCCAAUCCGGUUCCGGGAGAGGCUGGGGCGGGUGUGUUCGAGUUGGGCGGGAGCGGGAGGAGCUGUGGCUAGACAUGGAGAGGAGAAGGGCUUGGUUUUGACUCCCGAGGGAGCGUUUUUGAUGAUUCACUGGGAACAGCCGAGCAGCCAAUCACAACAGAGCACGGCCCGCGUCCGAAUCACCGGAAGCCGACAGCCCGUCAGGAUCAGGAAGUGGAACGACACAUGGAAAAAAUGCCGCUUUGACCUUUCACCUUUCACCCGUCACCUCCCCGAGCCAGCUUUCUAAUAAGAAUGUUAUGACAGACGAGUUUCCAUUGUGACUGAUACCCUCUGGCUGCGUGCACAGGAAGAGCAGGCGCUGAAGAGACCGGCGGACACAGUGUGCAGUAAGAACAAACCCAGGGCUGUGAGAGGCUAGACCUGUCUCCUACAUCAUGAUGUUGGGCUGUCCCAGGGCUGGGAGACCUGUCUCCUACAUCAUGAUGUUGGGCUGUCCCAGGGCUGGGAGACCUGUCUCCUACAUCAUGAUGUUGGGCCGUCACUGACUUCUGAUGAAAGAAACAGGAAACCCAGACUGGCUUGGCCUGAUCUUCGAACCCCUUCCCAAGGAGUGACAACACAUCCACAGACCUUACCUGCUUGGAACCGAUUACCGAUCACAUGACCAUGUCUGUUGUCUAAUCACAUGACCAUGUCUAUUGUCUAAUCACAUGUGCGGACAAUGUUAUACACAAUGAGUGAAACUGUAUUCUAAAUUGUUGUAGUUGCACAUGAUAAAAAAAAAGCUCAAUCGAUGGUACUUUAAUUCAGUUUUGAUUUUCUGUCAUCUCUACGUUGAUUC